AUGGAUUUCGGCAACCCCAAUUGGGCAAACCCUUUGGGCUCGACCUCUGGAGGCUUUGGGGGUGUUUCGAAUGUCCCCGCCCCGACGGAGGACAUUUGGGGGCACCCCAAGCCGAACCCCUACCAAGCGAACCCCUACCAAGCGCACCAGCUGGCGCCCAACCAGCCGGCGCCCCACCAGCCGGCGCCCCACCAGCCGGCGCCCCACCAGCCGGCGCCCCACCAGCCGGUGCCAAGCCAGCCGGUGCAAAGCCAGCCGGUGCAAAGCCAGCCGGUGCAAAGCCAGCCGGUGCCGAAUGCAACCCCAGUGCAAUCCAUGCCGUCUAUGACGCCAAGCAUGCCGAACUUCAUGGAGGGCAACCGCUUCCAGGCGCAGUUCCACGAGGGGAGGUUUGAGGCCCAGGGUGCCACCACGCAGAGCUUUAGCGGUUUCCAGCAAAUGCCGCCGGUGCUGCACCAGCAGAUCCAGAUGGAACAGUUUCAGUUCUCAUCAGCGGGCGCGCAGCCGGGCGGGCAGCCCAACAUGCAGCCCAACAUGCAGUCUAGCAUGCAGCCCAACAUGCAGCCCAACAUGCAGUCGAGCAUGCAGCCAGGCAUGCAGCAGCCCAGCAUGCAGCCAGGCAUGCCGCCAGACAUGCAGGUAAGCGUACAGCCAAGUAUGAACAUGGGCCUUCAGCCCAGCAUGCAGCCGGGCAUGCAGCCGGGCAUGCAGCCAGACAUGCCGGGCAUGCCGGGCAUGCAGGAGAAUCGUAUGUGCAGCUGCGGGCAGCCAGCUCUUUUGCUGACCGUCAAGAAGGAGGGGCCAAACCAGGGCAGGUGCUUCUUCAAGUGCGCCCGCCAGCACCCAGAACCGCCCUGCCCCUUCUUCGAGUGGGCAGAUGAGCCGCCGCGGACGGGGAAGGCGAGUUUCGGGGGCGGCAACGCGCCCAGCGGCUCGGGGCAGCAGCAAGGACAGCCCGGCCCCAAUUGCCCCUGUGGGCAGCCCAGCGUGGGUUUCAACGUGCGGAAGGACGGGCCCAACCAGGGCCGGCUCUUCUUCAAGUGCGCGGCCGGGCAAUGUGGCUACUUUCAAUGGGGGGACCAGGAGCCGGACCCCUUGGGUCCCCCCUGUGCCUGCGGGGUGCCCAGCGUGCGGAGGAUUGUGCAGAAGGAGGGCCAGAACAAGGGCAGGCCCUUCAAUAUCUGCAUGAAGCGCUCCUGCGACUUCUUCGCCUGGGGAGAUGAGGAGCCCCGCGCUGGUGGUGCGCUGCCGACACCUGUGCGAGCGCCCCGCGGUGAAGGAGGAGGAGGAGGAGGAGAUGUGUGCUUUCAGUGCAACCAGCCCGGCCAUUGGGCCAGCGCUUGCCCCAACAAGGCCGGCGGGGCGCCGAAGGGCAAAGGCCGCGGCCGUGGCCGUGGCAGGGGGCGCGGCAAGAAGGCCUCCGCCGGAUUCGACGGCGACUUCGACGGCUUUGACAACUUUGAGAGCGACACCCGCUUCAUGCCCUACUGA